GGUUUCUGGGUGUGUCUCUGCCCCUUUUGUGUCUGUGUGUGCCCGAGGUCAGGUCUGGACUUUUCUGUGGGUGGUGUGCACACAUGGAUAGCUGUGUGCCCCUGAGCCACUGUGGGUGGACACGUGUGUCGGUGUGUGACUGUGUGACUACACGCGCAAGUCCCAUGCAGGAGACUGUCGGCCACGCGAGACCGCGUCCUCGUCUGCACACGCGCCUCUAGGCACAUCCCUGUCUGUGCACACAGGUCUGCUUGUCUCCAUGGUUUCUGCGUGUGCGUGUGUGCCUCUGCGUCCAUGGCUGUGGGGGGGGUGGCGGAGGCUGCACACCCUGUGCUUGGAGGCCUCCAGGCUGGGUGGGGGUCAGGUGCUGUGGUCAUGUGUCCCUGUUCUCUCCCAGGCACCAGGUGGCUUUGCACACAGGGAGGCAGAAUGGAGUCCCUCUUCCCUGCCCCCUUCUGGGAGGUCCUCUACAGUGGCCACCUGCAGGGCAACCUGUCCCUCCUGAGCCCCAACCACAGCCUGCUGCCCCCCCACCUUCUGCUCAACGCCAGCCACGCAGCAUUCCUGCCCCUUGGGCUCAAGGUCACCAUUGUGGGGCUUUACCUGGCUGUCUGCAUUGGGGGACUCCUGGGGAACUGCCUCGUCAUGUAUGUCAUCCUCAGACACACCAAGAUGAAGACGGCCACCAACAUUUACAUCUUUAACCUGGCCCUGGCAGACACUUUGGUGCUGCUGACACUGCCCUUCCAGGGCACUGACGUCCUCUUGGGCUUCUGGCCGUUUGGAAAUGCCCUGUGCAAGACGGUCAUUGCCAUCGACUAUUACAACAUGUUCACCAGCACCUUCACCUUGACCGCCAUGAGUGUGGACCGCUACGUAGCCAUCUGCCACCCCAUCCGAGCUCUCGAUGUCCGGACGUCCAGCAAGGCUCAGGCUGUCAAUGUGGCCAUCUGGGCUCUGGCGUCCGUUGUCGGUGUUCCUGUUGCCAUCAUGGGCUCGGCGCAGGUCGAGGAUGAAGAGAUCGAGUGUCUGGUGGAGAUCCCCGCCCCACAGGACUACUGGGGCCCUGUGUUUGCCGUGUGCAUCUUCCUCUUCUCCUUCAUCAUUCCCGUACUCGUCAUCUCCAUCUGCUACAGCCUCAUGAUCCGGCGGCUGCGUGGCGUGCGCCUGCUGUCCGGCUCCCGCGAGAAGGACCGGAACCUGCGGCGCAUCACGCGGCUGGUGCUGGUGGUGGUGGCCGUGUUCGUGGGCUGCUGGACGCCUGUGCAGGUCUUCGUGCUAGCGCAGGGCCUGGGCGUGCAGCCGGGCAGCGAGGCCGCCGUGGCCGUCCUGCGCUUCUGCACGGCGCUCGGCUACGUCAACAGUGGCCUCAACCCCGUCCUCUACGCCUUCCUGGACGAGAACUUCAAGGCCUGCUUCCGGAAGUUCUGCUGUGCCCCGGCCCUGCGCCGGGAGACACAGGUGUCCGACCGUGUGCGCAGCAUCGCCAAGGACGUGGCCCUUGCCUGCAAGACUUCUGAGACAGUACCACGGCCCGCAUGACUAGGCGUGGACCUGCCCAUGGUGCCCGUCAGCCCGCAGAGCCCAUCAACACCCAACACAGAGCUCACCCAGGUCACUGCUCUUUAGGCUGACACCCAACCUGGAUCCUGGGCAUUGCCGGACUUGCGGACUUCCGCGUGGCCUCAGAGGGCCUGGUGACGUCAUGGGACAGGUCAGAUGGUAGCUGCCCUCCUCGUGCAUAGCAGAGAGGGGACCCCUGCCACGAGUGUGCCCGGCCAGAGCCCCUGCCAACACCCUAACCCUCAUGGGACUCUGCUGGCCUCUCCCCCACGGCGCCCUGUGGGCUCUGGGUAUGGGCACACCUGGAGGUGUGACAGCAGUGUGCCACCUGCUCCCUAUGCCAUGUGCUCUCUGCGGGGGGUCCUGCAACCCCUCCUUGGGGUUUGGAGCUGCCGGUGAGGACUUGCCUGGGCCUCAAGUGCCGUCACUUCCCUGUCCCCCACGCCCGCCUCUGAGAGGCUUCUGAGGGGCUUUUCGCUCCCGAAGCACAAAGAACCGUCAACCACAAAUGUGGCUGUCUGGGGUGUGGAGGUGGCCUGGAGGGACAGUGGGCUGCUCGGUCGCCUCACGCCACUUUGUCGUUCUGGAAACAGCCCCGGAGUCCUGGUUUUGGCUGCACAGUGCUGGAGGGGAGGGGCGCUCUGCUGUGCUGUGUCCCUGGGUCCUCCAAGGCUCUCUUGAAAUCAGAGGUCAGCAGUUUUGCGGCCAACAGGCCCUUGCGCCCUGUUUGGACCCUGGUGGACCUGGAAGAGGAGUUGGCCGUGGGGACGGACUCUGCUCUGCCUCUCUGGCGACCGGCCCCGGCAUCACUGACAAACCUCCAGGGGUCUGUGGGGGGGGCGGGCGCUGAGCUUCCCGCUGCCACUGUGAGAAUGGUCUGGAGCGGGAACACCAUUGCCGGGGAGGGGGCUCCCCGCUGUGGUCCCCGGAGGAGCACCCUUCUUGCUCUGUGGUUAGGAGCUGCCGUCUGGCGAAUUUGCAGACACUCUCUCCUGUAGAUAAACUAUGGAAAUCCAACACUGAAAAGACCAUUCCGCCUCCACCCAUGAGCUGAGCGGCGGACCUCAGCCAGGUGGUCUCGGGCUCCUGCAAAGAACAGGAAGCACUGACUUUGGGCUGGCUUCUCCUGCUUCAGGGAGCCCCAGC